GCUGCUGGAGGUGUCCUCUCUCAAGAGGCUGCCGGCCGGCCCCGACCAGGACCCAUGCGGCGGCCGCCCUGCGCCCGAGGGCGCCGGGGCCAGCGCCGAGCAGGGCCACUCGGCCGGAGGAGGCGGUUGGUGCCGCCACUGCCACACGAAGCUCGCCGAGCUCAAGCGACAGGCGUGGAAGCUGGUCAGCGGGCCCGGAACACCCCUCCGGGACCCUCGCCUCUCUGCUCUGCUCCUGGACAAGCCCCCGGCACCUGGGGCCCUGCCAGUGUGCCAUCCUGAGCCCGAGCACCGCUGUGACGUCUGUGCCACCCACCUGAACCAGCUCACGCGGGAGGCCCUGCAGCUGCCCCAGCCACAUGCCUGCCAUGAGGGCCCCGACGCCCCCCGAGGACACCCUGGUGGCAUGACCAGCCCGAGGGACACGCAGGCAUUGGCAGGCCCAGUGGGGAGGCCGGCAGGCCGAGCUGGCCCGGACAGGAGGAAGGGGCUGGCCUGGCCUCCUGUUCCCAGUGUCCAGGUGUCAGUGUCCCCCGCCGGACCCGGAGGAGCCUUGAGCACUGUCACCAUCCAGGCCCAGCAGUGUCUGGAAGGCAUGUGGAGUGUCUCGGGGGUGAACAGCUUCCUCCCGCCUACGUGCCUGGCCGAGGCGGCAGUGGCUGCAGUGGCGGUGGCGGAGACGGUCAGGGAUGGCCCCCCCGCAUCGGGCCCUGACGGUGUGUCCCAGGCGUGGGGGCUUGGUGGGGCCUGUACCACAGCCCUGGUCACCCCAGCCCCCACGACAGCAGGCUCUGCAGGACCAUCGGCUGCGGCCUCCUUCUUCAUCAGGGCCGCCCAGAAGCUUAGCCUGGCCUCCAAGCGCAAGAAGCCGCCACCGCCGCCACCACCGGCCCCUGCCACCCGAGGUGUCUCCACCUACCCCACAGACUUCAGUGGCAUCCUGCAGCUGUGGCCGCCCCCCGCGCCCCCCUGCCUGCUCAGGGUUUCCAAGGCCAAGGACACCCCUGGAGGCGUUGGAAAGGUAAAAGUCAUGCUGCGGAUCUGGCCCUCGCAGGGCGCCCAGCGCUCGGCUGAGUCCAUGUCCUUCCUGAAAGUGGACCCGAGGAAGAAACAGCUGACCCUCUAUGACCCGGCCGCUGGGCCCCCAGGCAGUGCUGGCCCCCGGCGUGCAGCCACUGCCGCAGUGCCCAGGAUGUUUGCCUUUGACGCCGUUUUUCCCCAGGACUCGGAGCAGGCAGAAGUCUGCUCAGGGACCGUGGCUGACGUGUUACAGGCUGUGGUCAGCGGGGCUGAUGGCUGCAUUUUUUCUUUCGGCCACACGAGCCUUGGCAAGUCAUACACCAUGAUCGGGAAGGACAGCUCUCCACAGAGCCUGGGUGUCGUGCCCUGUGCCAUCUCCUGGCUCUUCAAGCUCAUCCAUGAGCGCAAGGAACGCACAGGCACCCGCUUCUCGGUGCGCGUCUCGGCCGUGGAGGUGUGUGGCCGCGACCAGAGCCUGCGCGACCUGCUGGCUGACCUGGCCUCCGGCAGCCUCCAGGACGCACAGUCCCCGGGUGUGUACCUGCAGGAGGACCCCAUCUGCGGGGCACAGGUAUACCAGCUCCCAUGUGUUUCCCUGUGGCGGGUGACUGGACGGGCGGGGUGUGUGGCCCACCCACUGAGGAGCCUCACCCGCUUGCUGCCACAGCUUCAGAACCAGAGCGAGCUGCGGGCGCCCACAGCCGAGAGGGCAGCCUUGUACCUGGACGCGGCCCUGGCUGCCCGCAGCUCCAGCCGACCUGGCUGUGGUGAGGAUGCCCGGUGCAGCUCCCACCUGCUGUUCACGCUGCACGUCUACCAGUACUGCAUGGAAAAGUGCGGCCGGGGUGGAAUGUCUGGAGGCCGAAGCCGCCUGCACCUUAUCGAUCUGGGCAGCUGUGAUGCAGCGGCACCUGGCCAGGGCGGGGAGGCCACUGGGGGCCCCCUGUGCCUGUCCCUGUCGGCCCUGGGCAGUGUAAUCCUGGCCCUGGUCAAUGGAGCCAAGCACGUGCCCUACAGGGACCACAGGCUGACCAUGCUGCUGCGCGAGUCCUUGGCCGCCACGAAUUGCCGCACCACCAUGAUCGCGCAUGUCUCGGAUGCGCCAGCACGCCACGCUGAGACACUAAGCACCGUGCAGCUGGCUGCUCGCAUUCACCGCCUGCGCCGGAAGAAGGCCAAGUACGCGUCCAGUUCCUCAGGCGGAGAGAGCUCGUGCGAGGAGGGCCGUGCCCGCCGAUCCCGGGCCCUGCGGCCCUGCCCCCCACGCACCUCGGCCCCAGACUCCGAGCGCCGGGCACCCUGCGACCCUGACUACUCGUCAAGCAGUGAGCAGUCCUGUGACACUGUCAUCUACGUGGGGCCUGGCGGGGCAGCGCUGUCAGACCGUGAGCUGACUGACAACGAGGGCCCCCCUGACUUCGUGCCCAUUAUUCCUGCGCUGGGCCGCCGCCGGCCCUCAGAGGGGCCGAGGGACGCUGACUGCGACCACUUCCGCUGCAGCACCUUCGCGGAGCUGCAGGAGAGGCUGGAGUUCAUUGACGGCAGCGAGGGCCCCCCGGUGCCCCCGCCCAGGAAGCCCCUGCACCCAGAGGUGGCACCCCCCAGGAAGGCCUCGAGUGCUCAGCUUGCGGCCAGCAAAACUCUGGACAGCCCCAGCCCAGAACCCCUUGGGGGCACCCCUGAACCCUCCAGGACGGGCGCUUGGGGAGACCAGAGAGAAGAUGGUGGCCCCAGGCCUGAGCUGCCCGUGACAGACAAGGCCUCCAGGAGCAGGAAGCGGCUGCCCAGCCCGGCCCCUCCACCACCACCUCAGCCAGAGGAGCCUGGGGGAGGGGGCGCAGUGCGGACACCCCCUGCGGGCUGCCCCCGCUUGCCACCUCGAAGCCGUUGCCUGGACCGGGGCCUGCUGACCACUACGGUGACGCUGCAGCAGCCCGUGGAACUCAACGGGGAGGAUGAGCUGGUUUUCACUGUGGUGGAGGAGCUGCCCCUGGGCAGCCUCGCCGGCCCCCGGCCCACCAGCCUGGCCAGCUUCAGCAGCGACUGCUCCCUGCAGGCCCUGGCCUCGGGCUCUCGGCCAGUCAGCAUCAUCAGCAGCAUCAAUGACGAGUUCGAUGCCUAUACCUCACAGACUGCCGACAGCCCCAGGGGGCUCCUGGACGAGGCUGCCUGUGCUGGCAGUAGCCAUGGCUCUUCCAUCAGCUCCUGGCUCAGCGAAGUUAGCAUCUGCGCCGCCGACAGCCAAGCCCCCACGCCCCAGCCCUCCUUCUGGGCCAGCCCUGACCCACUCAGCCCUGAGUCUCGGGCAGGGCCUGGCCCCCAGGGACCCCCUGCCCUGGAGGGCUCCCCAGAGGAUGGCAACUUCAGGCUCCCAGAGCAAAGCAGGUUGGACAGCCCAGCCCGGGCUUCUCACCUGGGGGAUUCAGCCCCUGCAGCCCCCUCCCGGUCUGGCAGGGUGUCCCGGGUGGGGUCCCCACGGGGACCACCGCCAGCACAGACUAUCCAUUCCAGCCUUCCCCGGAAACCCAGGACUACCUCCACUGCAGGCCGAGAGAGUGGCCUGCACCUGGGCCAGAGCCCCCGUGGCCCUGAGGGCCUGUUCGAGGACCCGUGGCUGCUCCGUGCAGAUGAUGCUGACGUGGUCCCGGCAGCCUCUGCGGGUCCCCCCUGGCCGCCUGAUGCCCACGUGCCGCCAGCGUGUGCCCAGAGGGUGGUGGAUGGGUGUGAAGUGGUCGCCAGGGCAGCCCAGCGGCCUGAGGCACGGAUCCCGCCUCUGAGGAGGGGCGCUACCACGCUGGGUGUGACCACGCCCACGGCGUCCUGCGGGGAUAUGCUGGCUGAGGCCACAGCCUCUUGGGGCAGCCUGAAGGCCCCCUCCAGCAAAAAGAGCGCCACUCCCAAGAGUGGCCCCCUCUUGAGGCCCGGUGGAAUGGCCCCCCCAGCCCCGCCCGUGCGCAAGUCCAGCCUGGAGCACAAGAAUGGCCUGGCCCUGGCCCCUACCCCAGCUGUGGGCCUCACCCAGGCCACUGCAGCCACUGCCCUCCGAGGGGAAGAGGAGGCCAGGCCCAGCGGCCGGGGUGACUACCCUGCUCCCAGGGCCACUUCCAGUCUGAAGGUUCGGGCUGGCAAGGCUGAGGCUGUGCACCGUCCCGCUGGUCCUGCGUCGCUCGAGCGGCCCGAAGGCCUGGUGCACGGCAGUGGCAGGGCCAGGGAGCCUGCUGGGCGGCCAGGCCGGGCCGUGCCCAGGCUGGGGGUGCCAUCCACCAGCCCCACGCCGGGGCAUGCUCCCACCUGCAGGGGCAGCCCCGCCAAGGGCAUCGGGACCCCCAAGCCCCCAGUUGCAGGGGGCAAGGGCCGCAGCCUGGCUUCUGGCGGGGCGAGGGCUCUGAGUGCCUCAGUGAGGUCGCUAGCCCCUUCUGCGGUGGGCAGAACCCCCAGCGGCCCCGUCGUGGGCCCCAGGACGGCCUCUCGGGCAGCACCCAGUGCAGGGGCCAAGACUGGGCGGGGCACUGUCAUGGGCACCAAGCAGGCACUGCGGGCUGCCUACAGCCGCGUCCAUGAGCUGGCGGCCAGUGGUGGCCCUGGCCACAGUGGCCCCUUGUGGGGCGUGGCCGACUCAGACGGCGGUAACGACGGCAUGCACAUGGGGGAGGGACGUCCACCCACAGGCCCAGCCCUGCCCUCACCCUACAGCAAAGUGACAGCGCCGCGGCGGCCCCAGCGCUACAGCAGUGGGCAUGGCAGCGACAACAGCAGCGUGCUGAGCGGUGAGCUUCCGCCCGCCAUGGGCCGCACUGCCCUGUUCUACCACAGCGGCGGCAGCAGUGGCUACGAGAGCAUGAUCCGUGACAGCGAGGCCACCGGCAGUGCCUCCUCUGCCCCUGACUCCAUGAGCGAGAGCGGGACUGCCUCCGUGGGCGCCCGCUCCCGGAGCCUCAGGUCCCCCAAGAAGAGGGCCACAGGUCUUCAGCGGCGGCGGCUGAUCCCGGCCCCAUUGCCUGAUGCUGCUGCUCUGGGUCGGAAGCCCAGCCUCACGGGGCAGUGGGUGGACCUGCCACCACCGCUGGCCGGCACACUGAAGGAACCCUUCGAGAUCAAGGUGUAUGAGAUUGACGACGUGCAGAGGCUGCAGCGGCACCGGGCAGCCUUGCGAGAGGACCCGGCUGAGCCCUUCUCAGACAUGGAAAAGGGCAUGGUGAGCAUGGGCGCCCGUCCACGACUGGCGGAACGCAGGCUGCAGCGGCUGCGGGAGGUGCAGGCCUGGCGCGAGCACCUCUGUGAGGAGCUGGCAGAGACCCAGGGCCGGCUGAUGGUGGAGCGGGGCCGCUGGUUGGAGCAGUUCGAGGUGGACCCGGAGCUGGAGCCCGAGUCGGCCGAGUACCUGGCGGCCCUGGAGCGCGCCACAGCAGCCCUGGAGCAGUGCGUCAACCUGUGCAAGGCCCACGUCAUGAUGGUCACCUGCUUUGACGUCAGCAUCACCGCCUCUGCUGCGGUCCCAGGGCCGCAGGAGGUGGAUGUCUGAGGCCAGGGGCUGGGCCAUAGGGAAGGGGAUGUGCGGGGGAGUGAGGAUGUGAGGUGUGAGGGGCGAGAACGUGGCAUGGUUGGAGCGACGAGGACGCAGGACCGGGGGUCUCAGAGAGGCGAUGGGGCGUGGGGGUAGGGGAGCCGGCAGAGCUUGAGGACAGGGAGUGAGAGAGAGUGGAGAGACUGCCGCCACCAGACAGCAGCGCAAGUGCCUUCUACCUUGACGAGUACUGUUCUCCUUUGUGCGUUUGGUGCUAAGCACUCGAGACACCAGCAGAUGGGCGGCGCGGUCGCCCACGCCCCGUGUGCCCGCAGACCUGGCCGAGCCUUUUUCACUGCUAGGCGUUUAUGUAGCAGGACAUGCCUGUGCCCGUCAGGGGUCUUGUUUAGGAUUCAGGACGAGUUCUACUUUGUGGAGGUCUCCUCGCACCAGCUGUCCAGGCCCAGGUCUGUGUGUGGCCACUGGGGUGUCAGCGGGGCCGGGCAACCAUGGCCCCUCUGUCCUGGCACCUGCUGCCUCUGGCCUGGGACACACGGGGCACAGUGCCUCCGUCCACGGCAGGAAUUCUUACCAAAACCACAGCAAAAACGCAACGUACGCAAAAAAAAAAAAAAAUUGGGGGACAAGGGUUUUGUAAAGUUUCUGUUAGGUUCCUAUUUUUAUAUUGUUUUCAUUUGAAUACGGGAUUUGCAGUGGGGUUUUGAAGACAAAGGGUCUGUUUUUAUGGUUUUCUAUGGACGUUGUACCCUAGCCGGCCCCUUCCAGCUGUGGGGUGGGCCCUGUCGGAGCACCUGAGCAGGGUGGGGGUCCUCGGGGCAUGUCAGGCCGAUGUUGGCAUGCAUGUGACCCUCACAGUGGCCUCCCUGCCCCGUGGGCGGUGCCCAGACCUAUGUACAAAUGUGUAGAUAAUACCUGCGACAGCUUUGGUUUGUGAAUAAAAGAC